GCCUUUCUAGGUUCAGAGCUUCCUCUCACACCCCGGUGGGGAGCAGCUUGGAGUUUCCGUCACCCUCCAGUGUAGACUUGGGUAAAGGAGCCAGGAGCCCAUGCUCCUGAGAGGCCGUCCCUACCUCCCAAAUGGGCACUGAGACUUCAAGCACGGAUGGUCUGCAGGAAUCCAGGACUCUGCCUCCCAGGCCCCAAGUGCACCCUCCCACAAAGAGGCUAAACAAAGAGACUGUGCCCAGCAUCCGGGGUGACCUGAGAAUAAUGAUUCUAUCAAGAUGGACAGCUAACAGUCCACAGCACUUAUGAAGUUCCAAACACUUCACUCACAUAUGAUCACUCAUUUCUCCUGGCAGCCCUUCAGGACAGGUGCUGUUGGUCCGUUUCACAGAUGAGGGAACCGAGGCACAGAGAAGUUAAGUGGCUAGUGUGUGGUGGAGCUGCGAUGCUCACCUGGGCAAUCUGAUUUUGCCUGUGAGGCCUCUCAUGAGGCCAGGCUUAUUCCUGGGCACAGCGCCCCUGGAUGGGAGGUUGGCAUGACCAGUGAAGGAUCCAGGGAGGUCCGAGGACCCAAAGAUGCAACCACCUGCCCCGGGAGCCUGGACUGUGCCCUGAGGAGGCGGGCACGGUGCCCCCCAGGUGCGCACGUCUGUGGGCCCUGCCUUCAACCCUUCCAGGAGGACCAGCACGGACUCUGUGUGCCCAGGACACGCCGGCCUCCAGGGAGGGGCUUACCCCAGCCCAGAUUGGAAGAUGAGAUCGACUUUCUAGCCCAGGAGCUUGCCCGGCAGGAGGCAGGGCCCUCAGGGCUCACCCAGCAGCCACAGCCAGAGGUCCGACAUCGGCUUCUGGAGCCUGCAGCCACCCUGGGGCUGUCCCAGCCGGGCCGGGGACCCGAGCUGGGCCUCCCCUUCCCCCCGGGAGCCCCUACGCCCGCUUCUCAUGCCUCCUUGGGCUCCCCAGUGUCAUCGGGGCCCGUGCAUAUGUCUCCCCUGGAGCCCCGAGGCGGGCGCGGCGAUGGCCUGGUCCUCGUGCCGAUCCUGGCGUGCUCCUUGGCCGGCGCAGCCGCCCUCGCCAUGGCCGCCUUCUGCUGGUGCAGGCUGCAGCGAGAAAUCCGCCUGAGCCAGAAGGCCGACUACGCUGCGCAGAAGGACCCGGGCUCCCCGGCGUCUCCCCGGAUCUCGCCCGGGGACCAGCGACUGGCGCACAGCGCCGAGGUGUACCACUACCAGCACCAAAAGCAGCAGAUGCUGUGCCUGGAGCGGCAUAAAGAGCCCCCCAAGGAGCUGGACUCGGUGUCCUCGGACGAGGAGAACGAAGACGGAGACUUCACGGUGUACGAGUGCCCGGGCCUGGCUCCGACCGGAGAGAUGGAGGUCCGGAACCCGCUAUUCGACGACUCCUCGCUGGCCACGCCCCCACUGCAGUGACCGGGGCCUGCAGCCGCUGUGGAAGGGGCAGAGCCGGGGGUUACCAAGAAAGAACGCGUCCUGACAGCACCCCAUGUUUUCGGCUGGGCGAGGGGCCGCUGGGCCCGGGACACCCUCUGCCCGGUCAUGCUUCUUGGUUCAGGAUCCGGACCCCAAACUGGAUGGGGCGAGGCAGUGAGAACUCUAGAGACCUGGGGAGGUCAGGUAUGGAUCAGCUAGUUACCUUGGAGACAAAAGCCAAUUAAAAGUACAUUUCAAACCUG